GGGGGCGGGGCGGGGCGGCGCGAGGACGGCGCGGGGCCGGCGCGAGAGCGGCUGAGGAAUAAAAUGAAGCAGAUGUGGAGCUUCACCAGCACAAUGACUUUGGAUUCCCCUUGAGGUGACUUCUCUUUGGACACCCUUUUCUCAGGCCAGGACUGGCAGCACUUUCAGUUGGAGUUUGGCUGGGGCCAGAGCCAAGCCUGUGCCAGCCUUCAGCCAAGCCUUGGCUCUGGUUCCUCGCAGCCUUCCCCAGGAGCCGGCGGCGCUGCCAUGUGGUGGUUCCAGCAGGGCCUCUCCUUCCUGCCUGUGGCUUUGGUUGUUUGGUCAGCUGCAUCUUUUGUCUUCUCCUACAUCACUGCCAUCGUCCUCCACCACGUUGACCCCCUGGUGCCCUACAUCAGCGACACAGGGACAAUACCUCCGGAGAGAUGCUUGUUUGGGAUCAUGUUAAAUGUUUCAGCUUUCCUGGGGAUGGCCACCAUGUACGUGCGCUACAAGCAAGUGUCCGCCUUGACUCCAGACAAAGCCAGGAUCAUCAGACUGAAUAAGGUUGGCCUCACCCUGGGCUGGAUGAGCUGCUUUGGACUCUGCAUCAUUGCAAAUUUCCAGAAAUGCAUCCUCUACUACAUCCACGUGCUGGGAGCCUGCCUGACCUUUGGAGUGGGAGCCAUUUACAUGCUGGUUCAGACCAUCCUGUCCUACCUGGUGCAGCCAGAAGUUCACAGCAAGGACAUCUUCUGGAUCCGCCUGACCGCGCUGCUCUGGUGCUGCUCCAGCAUCGUCAGCAUGUUUGUUUCCUCAGUUGUCCUGUACAGUGGCCUCUAUGGAACUAACCUGGUGCAGAAGCUGCACUGGGACCCUCAGGAGAAGGGCUACACAACUCACAUCAUCAGCACUGUCUCAGAGUGGUCGUUGGCAUUCUCCUUCCUCAGCUUCUUCCUCACCUACAUCCGAGACUUCCAGAAGAUUUCCCUUCGUGCUGUUGCCAGCCUGCAGGGCCAGACCCUCUACAGCACCCCUCAGAGCUUCGGGAGCGACCAGCAGGGCCUGCUGGUGGCAGGGAGCAUCUGAUGAGGGCUGGGAGCCCCUGCUGAAGGUUGGGAGCAUCUGCUGAGGUUGUCCUCAGCACCACUCAGGAAUUCCCUAGCAAUAAGGAGUGAGCUCUGUCAGCAUUUCUUCCCCACACACACAGGGUCUGUGUGAAGUGCUUGGACUGCACUAGACCCAAAGGGCUUUGCUGGUAACCCACAAGCAAUGCAAAACGUCCUCAGUGUUGUAGCCUGUGACAUUUCCACACCUGCCAGUGUCCUGGGAGGAUUAAAUGAAGGUUAAUCAAGA